AUGUCCUUGUUAGGAUAUGACCAAGGAGUAUUCAAUGGCGUCGUGAUCACGCAGGACUUUCUCGAAACUCACAAUCUAGUCGGACCUUCGAAGACAAAGGACCUCUCUACCGUAACGGCGAUAUAUGAUGUAAGAUGUUUCUUCGGUGCUGUUGUCGCAUUCAGCACUAUCCUCCAGACGACCUCGUUUAGCCUGCCGCAGAUGUUUGUGGGCCGUAUCAUUCUAGGUGUCGGCAAAGGUAUCAAUACGGCAACAGCUCCUAUCUGGCAGACUGAAACAUCGCAGCUGAAAUGGCGUGGAGGGCUAGUCAUAUUGGCGAUGAUGAUGAACAUCACUGGCUUCUGUCUGGUCAACUGGAUCAAUUACGGAUUUUCAUUUGCCGGGAGCUCUGUCGCAUGGCGGUUCCCACUUGCAUUCCAAUUCAUGUUUCUCUUCGUUCUCCGGGCUACAACCCCCUGGUUACCAGAAUCUUCUCGAUGGCUCCUUGCACAUGGCAAAGAAGAGGAAGCCAUAGAAGUUCUCAGCUGCCUAGAAGCAAAGCCGAUCGACGACCCACGUGUCCUCCUCAAGAAAGACAAGAAGAGCGAUACCAAGACGCUUCGCCGGUUGUUCCUCGGUAUUGGAACUCAAUUCGUGCAACGGUUCGGCGGUAUCAAUGUCAUGUCUUACUAUAUGCCCACUGUGCUCACGAACUCGGUCGGUCUACCAGAGAAAAUGGCACGGUUACUGUCUGCAUGUAAUGCGGUCUCGUAUCUCAUUUUCUCGGGUCUUGCUAUUUUGUUUGUUGAGCGCAUGGGACGUCGGGUGUUGAUGCUAUCUUCGACUGUCGCUCAGUUUGUCUGCUUCCUCAUCAUCACCAUUUAA